AAAUUUUGAAACUACUUCUCAAUCAGUUGUAAACUGAUUUUGCCAGCCACGACAACACGAAUCAAGAGGAUAUUCCUUUUAGAUUUGGCAGGAUUGAAGACAUGUCUUCAAAUAUAGGCGAUGUUGAGGAAAUUGAAGAGGUAUGCCGUCCAACUGGUUGAUGAGUACUUUUUAAUUGGUUUGGGAUUACUUAGCAACCAAUUGCUUUCAUUCACCUAACAGAUGCAAAAUCAAACCCCCUUCGCAUGCUAUAUAUCGAGUAUACAGAUGAUCUCUCUGAGUACCCAUGUACUGAUGUCACCGGCUACACUUAUAUUGUAUCUAUUAGUGGGGGAUAUAAUUCAAAGUGCAAGUACUUGUCAAGCAGUUGGGAACUAGCUAAAGAGUGGUUGUAUAGUAGUUAAGAAGCAGUCGACUCUCGACAAUAA